CUCCCCCGCGACAACUGUCACGCAGCCGCGGCCCCGCCCCCGACACGCGCCGCCAAUCAGGGGGCCGCGUUCCCGGUCUCGCGCACGCGCGCUCAGGGCGGUGCAGCCGGGGCGGAGCCCCGCCCUAUACGCUCGCCGGCCACAGAUUGGUGCGCUCACGUACCCGCCUCCUACGGGAGGACCAGUAAGCGGAUAGCGGAGGCCUGGCGCCCGCUGUGAUUGGCCGAUUUUAAAAGCCCCUGCCAGGCUGGCUGAGCGGCAAAAUGUUCGCGCUGUUGGUCCCGCUCGGGCGGCGCCUGGGCUUUGUGUCCACCAGGACAGCGGACCGGGCUCCCUGCAUGCGCGGGGGACGCCGGACGGCGCUCAGCAACCACCCGGACAGGGCCAGGCCGUUUUCUGCCGCUCAGGCAUUAGUCUUUGGCUGUAGGCCGCCGCGGGAAGUUGAGGCCUACCACGGAGGAGGCUGCUGAGGUGAAUCUCAGGGAUCCGCAAGGGCUCCCUCACCUUUGCCGGGACCCUGGGAACCCGAAACGAAAUCCUACGCCACCAGCCCGUCGAAUGCGCCCCCUCGGCCGGGGGUCCCGGUCGUCAGAGAAGAACUAGGCCGAUGCGGUCAGAAAGCCCGCGAACCGCCUUGACCUGCAGACCCCGCCGCUUGGAGCUCCCGCCUUUCCCGGCCGAGCACGUGUCUGCUCGUGUGUCUCACUGAUGUCUUAGGUCUCAAAAAAAAGAAAAAGUUUUUAGUAGACAAGAGAAAUGGGGCCGUGGGUUCCUGGUCCCGGGGGAAACUGACGUCGCAUGAGGUCGUCCCUCAGCUUGAGCUCAGCGGAACGUGAGCUUGCAGAGGUGGAAACCACGGAAGGUUUGCGUGUCUUGGAGCUCCCUGGACACCGAAGCCAGGACACAGUCCCGGGGCCGCACCGCCUGUGACCUGCGGCGGGACCGCCGGGGUGGGCGUUUUCUCAGCGGGCGCGCGCAUAGGCGGGACUUGGGAAACUAACUGGAGCGAAGUGGCAAAAAACCAAGACGGGGCGGGUGACCUCGCGCAGGCCGUCCUUUCCUGUGGAGUAUUCCUUCAGCUAACCCCCUUAUUUCGUGUGUCCAAGUCUGGUUUCUGGGUUUCUUUGUGGUCCCUCCGGGCCUGUUCGUGCGCCUUCACCUGGAAACGGUUCGUCGUGGAGGGCCGUGUGCUUGUUUGCAGCAGUAACGAUGCCCUUCCCGAGCGUGCUGGAGUGGCUCCUCGCUGACGCAAGCUCACCUUGCAGCCUCCUCAGCAACCACAACUUAAACGGGCCCUGAGGAAGCCCUGGAAUCUCGCUCAGAAUUUUUUUUCUUUUUUUUUUUUUUUUUUUUUUUGAGACAGUCUCGCUGCGACGCCCAGGCUAUAGCGCAAUGGCGCGAUCUCGGCUCACUGCAACCUCCCUCAGGAAGCCGUGGAAGCUCGACCGCCAGAAACUUCCUUCUCCUGACUCAGGCCACAGUUUCUGUGUGGUGAGCGGAGUGUCCAGCGGUCUCCUGGUUCCCAGACUCGGAAUUGGGUGGUUUGAGCAAACUCUGGGCAGUGGGCUUAUUAGAGCAGGGGCCAGGCAGGCAACACAGCCAAGCAAGCAGGGGCUGCGCCCACAGGAUCACACUUUCCAGGAACAGAGACCCAGACUGUGCGUGAAUCUCACAACUGUUACGUGUUACAAUACAUUUACAACUGUGAGACUGAGGGGAUGUGCCCAGGUUUGCCUAGACUGUUCCUCAGAACCCCAGAGUCGUUUCUGUGGACAUUCUAGAGAGGUUCUGCUAAUGUUGGACUUGGGUCUUAUUUCAGUUCUUUUUUCUUUUCUUUUUAGUAGACAGUGUGAGGUCUGUCACACAGGCUAGAGUGCAGUGGUGAGACCACCGCUCAUUGCAGCCUCAACUUCCCCGGGCUCAGGUGAUUCUCCAUGUCAGCCUCCUGAGUAGCUGGAAUUACAGGCACACACCACCAUGCCCGGCUAAUUUUUGUAUUUUUAGUAGACACAGGGUCUCACUGUGUUGCCCAGGCUGGUCUUGAACUCCUAGGCUCAAGUGAUCCACCCGCCUCAGCCUCUCAAAGUGCUGGAGUUACAGGCGUGAGCAACCUCGCCCAGCCUCCAUUCAUUUUAAACUACUAAAAAGCUGUCAAGGCCAAGCAACCACUGCCCUCCAACCUGGGUGACAGACUGAGACCCUGACUCAAAAAAAAAAAAAGCUGCCCAAAUAAAUUUUGUAGAUACUCACCCUCAAGGAGGGAAACGUAACUCCCCUCUCCUUAAGUGUAGACCACACAUAGCCACUUCCUCCCAAAGAGUGCAAUAAAGAAAAGGAGGGAAAGAGCCACUUUAUUGUGGAGAAAACUGACAGACUCCCCCUCAGCCAAGUGACCCAGGUCAGCCUCACAGUUACAGUCGAGGUGACAGUGUGUGUCCCUGAUGUGAUGGAGUGAUAGUGGCACUUCACCCCUAGAUGCUUCCUUUCUGUAACUUGCAGUCCCAGUCUAACCAGGAGAAAACAGACACAUUUUUUUUUUUUUUUUUUUUUGAGACGGAGUCUCGCUCUGUUGCCCAGGCUGGAGUGCAGUGGCGCGAUCUCGGCUCACUGCAAGCUCCGGCUCCCGGGUUCACGCCAUUCUCCUGCCUCAGCCUCCCGAGUAGCUGGGACUACAGGCGCCCGCCAACACGCCCGGCUAAUUUUUUGUAUUUUUAGUAGAGACGGGGUUUCACUGUGUUAGCCAGGAUGGUCUCGAUCUCCUGACCUCGUGAUCCACCCGCCUCGGCCUCCCAAAGUGCUGGGAUUACAGGCUUGAGCCACCGCGCCCGGCCAACAGACACAUUUUAAUUGAGGGACAUUCUUCAAAAUAUCUCCCCAGUACUCUGAAACUGUCAAGGUCAUCAAAAACGAGGAAAGUCUGAGAAGGAGCCUAAAGACACAUAACUCAAUGUAAUGGGGUGUUCUGAUGGAUACCACAUUAGGGACAUGAGGCAAACCUAAGGAAACUGUCAAAAUGUGGACUUCAGUUACUUGUGUCUCAAUAUUGGUUCAUUAAUCAGAACAAAUGGGCCAGGUGCACUGGCUCUCACCCAAAAAUUAGCUGGGCAUGGUGGCAGGUACCUGUAGUCCCAGCUACUCGAGAGGCUGAGGCAGAAGAAUCGCUUGAAACUGGGAAGCAGAGGUUGCAGUGAGCCAAGAUUGCACCAUUGAACUCUAGCCUGGGCGUCACAGCAAGACUCUGUCUCAAAAAAAAAAAAAAUAUAUAUAUAUAUAUAACAAAUGUAGCACACUAAGGUAAGACGUUAAUGAGAGGGGAAGCCACACGUGUGGUAUGUGGGAUCUCCAUGUACUAUCUUCUCAAUUACUCUUAAUCUAAAACUUCUUUUAAAGCCUAUUUUAAAAAAAAAGUGACAAAUCCAUGCCCUCUGGAGUGUGUUAUGUAUACUACUGGAGAUCCCGAGGAGGCAAUUCUUAGUGCUUCCCAUUCACUUGGCAGUCACAGCUGUGGGCACACAGGCUCAAGUCUCUCCUUAAGUCAGUCAGUAUUACAAACCAUACAUAAUAGUAUACUUGAUCAAUAUAUAAAUGUUAUAAACAUUCCACAUCAAACAAAGUAACAUUUCACAUCAAGAGAAAGAGGAGGGGAAAAAAAGUUAACCAGUUCAACGAAAAGGAGAAUCUGUCUGACAAGGAAGCAUCUCUGAUGUGGGCAGAGCCUGCAGCAGCAGAUGCGGAGGGCUUCUCACAAGUGACAGCAAGACUGUCUGUAAAAUGGCCGCUUUGACCUGGUGGUGGUCUGCCCUUUUCAUGGCCAUGGAGUACUCUGGUCUGGGCCCCUGCUGCUGACAUCCCCCAGAUGUCAGUCUGCCUGCUAGUGGGAUUGACUAACUCGUCAACAUGAAGUUUAAUGCCUAACCAAGUGCAGACCAUGCUCCUGUUUUGCGUCGCCCUCUGCGAAGCUUCCUGCAUACUUGACUCCCUGCCCGGUGCCCCCAGCCCCAAGGCUGGUCUCCAGGAGGUAAGGCCAGAGCUGCAGGCAACACCGGUGCUUGGGCUCCUGCUGAGCAGUUCUUUGGUGCUUGGGCUCCUGCUGAGCAGUUCUUUCCUGCGAGUAACAGAACCAGGGAGGGAAGUGGGCUAAGGCCUCCCCUGCUCCUACAGUCAUCUCCUGCAGCUCCCACCAUGCUGGACUCAUCAGUAGCAGAGCAAGUGACCCGACUGACGCUGAAGCUCUUGGGACAGAAGCUGGAGCAAGAACGGCAGAACAUGGAAGGGGGACCUGAGGGCCUCCACCUCGAGCCAGGAAAUGAGGACCAGCCAGACGAUGCCCUGCAGACUGCUCUGAAGAGAAGGAGGGACCUUCUGCAGAGACUCCGGGAACAACACCUCCUGGACGAGCUCUCUCGGGCCCAGGCCUGGAGCAGGCCGAGCAGAGGAGCCCUCGGGUCAUCCCUGCCCCCAGAGCUGCCCCCCACGGGCAUCCUACCCGCUGCCUCCCCAUCGCCGCUGUCCCCAGACCCGCCAAGGAUCAUCCUGCCUACGCACCAGGAACCUCCUCCCAGGACAGAAGGGAGUACAGGGGGUCGUUGCUGUGGACCCCCCAUCUUCCUCAUCCCAAGCACAUCUACACUUACUGUGUAUCCAUCAGGGCCAGUUAUGCCUGCAGGUUUCACUCUCAGCCCCAGUGACACCAGGCGGGUCCCCCAGCCUCCUGCCACCAUCAUUCAGCAGCUCCCUCAGCAGCCACUCAUAGCACAGAUUCCUCCUCCCCAGGCCUUCCCUACUCAACGGUCAGGAAGUAUUAAGGAAGACAUGGUGGAGCUGCUGCUGCUGCAGAACGCACAGGUGCACCAGUUGGUCCUGCAGAACUGGAUGCUCAAGGCCCUGCCCCCAGCCCUGCAGGACCCGUCACAUGUGCCCCCGGGGGUCCCACGAGCUGCCAGGCCAAGGCUGCCUGCCGUGCACCACCACCAUCACCACCAUGCUGUGUGGCCACCUGGGGCCGACACUGUCCUCCAGCCCGCCCCCAGCCUGUGGAUGCCCGGCCCACCCUGAGUGUGAGUCACAGAGACCCUGGCCAGGGCACCCUCCACCCCAGGCUUCCUCAGGGCUGUGGGCUGUGGGGACCAUGGAAAGGAGCAGGGAGAGACCCUACCGCCACCCGGAGUGGCUACGCGAGUGUGGAUUGCAGGCCCUCCUGGGGAAGCUGGGCAGGCUCGCUUUCCGGCCACGGGGCCAUUCCAGGGGGCAUCCCUUGCUCUGGGCCCCUGCAGUGAGGGGCCUGUGAACCCCACGGGCAGCAGCCCCUCCCAGGGACCCCUGCUUUCCUGUAGGGCGGCGCCAGCCCACCUGGGAGCCUCAGGUCCCCCUCUUCCAUCACGGAGGGAAAGUUGAGGCCGUGGACGCCACCAGCCUGACGAUCCUGAAGUAAAGAUUUCAUCCAGAAAGAGUUUAAGAAAAUCUCAGCUCAGGAGCCAGAAUAGAAAAAUCAAUAGCUUUAGCCACAUGGAAGUGUGAACAUCCUGAUGGGGAAAAUACCACACAAAAAAAUACAAAGUCGAAUUUAAUAAUUAGGGACACCUGUUUGCCACAGCUGUGGAACAGACUCCCACUAAAGAAGUAGGGGUGCAUGGCUCAUGCCUGUGAUCCCAGCACUUUAAGAGGCUGAGGCAGGAGGAUCACUUGAGCUCAGGAAUUCGAGACCAGCCUGGGUUAUAUAGCAAGACCCCAUCUCUACAAAAAAUAAAUUAAAAAAACUAGCCAGGUGUGGUGAUAUGCGCCGGUGAUCUCAGCAGCUCUGGGGGCUGAGGUGGGAGGAUUGCUUGAGCCCAGGAGUUAGAAGCUGCAGUGAGCUGUGAUGGAACCACUGCACUAUAGCCUGGACCACAGAGCAGGCCCCUGUCUCAAAAAAUAAAAAAGUGAAAGAAGCAA